AGUUGGGUAUCUAGAUCCGGUUUAGCUUCACUGCAGAGAACGAGUCUGAACAAGAUAGACACAAAUCUUGUCUCUGCAUUUGUGGAAAGAUGGCAUCUAGAGACAUCUUCAUUUCACAUGCCGUUUGGUGAAAUGAGCAUUACUUUAGAUGAUGUCGCAUGUCUACUUCACUUGCCCAUUAGGGGUAUCUUUUGGAGUCCUCAGGAUGUGACUGAAGAGCUAGCUGUUGAACUUGCUGUUGACUACCUAGGAGUGUCACAGGGUCAGGCACAGUCACAUGUUCGGAGCUGCAGGGGGUCGUAUUACAAGUUGGAGUGGUUAUAUGAUAUAUUCGUACAUCAUAGGGAUGCUUCCAGCUGGGCAUAUGCGACUAGAGCAUAUCUAUUGAUGUUGGUGGGUUCCACCAUAUUUGCUGAUAAGACCUUUACACUUGUAGAGGCACGAUACCUCCUCCUGUUUAGGGACUUGGAUGGAUGUUCAGGAUAUAGUUGGGGAGCAGCUGCACUAGUUACCCUCUACUGAUAUCUUGGAGAUGCGUCCAUGUACAGUUGCAAACAACUAGGUGGAUAUCCUACUCUCCUACAGUGUUGGAUUCACGAGUAUUUUCCAACUGUUGGAAAAAGAGGGGAGAAUUGGAGUCCUGCUGGAAACUGUGGUCUUCCCCGAGCGAUGAGAUGGUCGUAUAGACAGGGAGUCCUGAAGGUCGAUGAUUUACGACCUAUUUUGGACGAGCUGACACCUACCGACGUCAUCUGGCGACCAUUUGAGAAUCAUAGAGCAUGGCGUGUAUUUGAUGAGAUAUGUCUUUACAGGGGCUGUUUGAAGUGGGGUGAAACAGUUGUUCCAUACUUGCCUGAUAGAUGUUUACGUCAGUUCGGGUAUAGGCAGUAUGUUCCAUCCCCACCUCUGGAUUGUAUGAUGGCGACGGAUAUUGAUGUUGAUUGGAUCAGUUACCAUCAGAGUGUUGUCGAUGUGAUCGGUUCAUCUUCCGUGGCCACCACUCCAUCUGAGGUAGAAGACGGUUAUCUGGAGUGGUAUUAUCGUGUUUCCCAUCCACGGUUGGUCCCUCCCCAUCGUGACGCUCCUAGAGAGGUACCCGUUCCUGUAUAUGACGCCGGGCCAUCUGAUCCUGAUUGGGCUCGUGUAUCUACAUUGAUUCGUCGCUAUCUGAGACAGGUUAAUGCUGAAGAGGAAGAUCCACAGUUUUCUGAUUUAUUUGAAGCUUUGCAUAUUUCUCGUUCACAUUGAUUAUAUGUAUUAAGCUUUGAAUAUAAUAGACAUAAUAAUAUAGAUUUCAUGUUUUGAUUA